AUGUCCGACCCGCGCCCAAAAGAUGAGCCAGGCCAAUCGUCAACCCUGCGCAGAGAGCGCGCGCCGACUAUUACCAUCGACACCUCGGCCGUGAACUCCCCGGAUAUCGAAGCCCCUCCCAUCCAAGUCCUCUCUGGAGGAUCACACACCUACACCGAUAACGCACAUGCCCCCGACACAACCGCACUGCUAAACAAUGGCAGUGGCUCUCCCACGGAUAUGCGAUCCACAGCCUCGAUCCGCUCCAAUGCCUCCUCCGAAGCUCGUGACCGAGAGAGCCGGCCAACCUCACCCCACAACAUCUCAUCACCCAAGACGAAGGCGCCUGAGACACAUUCGAACUUCCUUUCUGUCCCUGGAACACGGUCCCGAGGCAACUCCUUGGAGUCGGAUGAAACCGGCCAAACAUCCAGCACCUACGGCGGCGAAACAUAUGUGCCCUCGACAUCUCAGGAAUCAAGAUCUGAUUCGGUCAAGAACGCCGCCAUAAACGACAUCAUACACGAUGAGGAUGCCCUGACCCCAGACCCGGGCCGCGAAUCCGAGUUCGAAGUCGAGGACAACAAGUUCGCUUUUUCCCCUGGUCAGCUGAACAAGCUUCUCAACCCGAAGAGCUUUAGCGCCUUCCAUGCGCUGGGAGGCCUGCGGGGACUAGAAAAAGGACUCCGAACUGAUGUGAAAAGUGGCUUGAGUGUUGAUGAGACGACACUUGACGGAACAGUCAGCUUUGACGAGAUUGUCUCACCUGCCUCACCUGCCUCACCAAAAGAUAUACCCAAGUCUGUCUCUCCGAAUACAUCACCACCACCCGCCACCGAGAGCUCCAUCGAACCCCAGGGCGGACAAGAUUUCGCCGACCGCAGACGUAUCUACGGAGAUAAUAGGCUCCCAGAGAGGAAAUUGAAGUCUAUCUGGGAGCUUGCAUGGAUUGCCUACAACGACAAAGUGUUGAUCUUAUUGACGAUUGCAGCCGCAGUUUCACUUGCGGUGGGAAUUCCGCAAUCGCUCCAUCCAGCAAAUCCCGAUGAACCUGGCGUUGAAUGGGUCGAAGGUUUGGCCAUUCUCGUGGCCAUUAUUAUCGUGGUUACGGUCGGUGCAGCGAAUGACUGGCAAAAGGAACGACAGUUUGCGAAACUCAACAAAAAGAAGGAGAACCGACAGGUCAAGGUAACGCGAUCCGGCCGAACGGAGGAAAUUUCCAUCCACGACGUCUUGGUUGGCGAUUUGAUGCUUCUCGAACCCGGUGAUAUGGUCCCAGUUGAUGGCAUCUUGAUCGAAGGACACGACCUCAAGUGCGACGAAUCUUCGGCUACUGGCGAGUCAGACGUUCUCCGCAAAACCCCGGGCGAUGAAGUGUACCGGACAAUCGAGCAACAAGAAGACCUGAAAAAGAUGGAUCCUUUCAUCAUUUCCGGUGCCAAGGUCUCUGAGGGCGUCGGCACCUUUUUGGUCACUGCUACCGGUAUGCAUGCUACAUUCGGCCGGACGAUGAUGUCCCUUCAAGAGGAGGGCGAAACGACGCCUUUGCAAACUAAGCUCAACAAGUUGGCUGAGUACAUUGCCAAGCUCGGUCUCGCUUCCGGUUUGUUGCUGUUUGUGGUUCUUUUCAUCAAAUUUUUGGUUCGUCUUAAGGACAUCGAAGGUGGUGCGGACGCCAAGGGUCAAGCAUUCCUGCAGAUUUUCAUUGUUGCUGUUACAAUUGUCGUCGUCGCGGUACCUGAAGGUUUACCACUGGCUGUUACGCUCGCUCUGGCCUUUGCCACAACACGAAUGCUCAAGGACAACAACCUGGUUCGCUAUCUCAAAGCCUGCGAGACUAUGGGCAACGCUACCACGAUUUGCUCUGACAAAACUGGAACUUUGACGGAAAAUAAAAUGACUGCAGUGGCUGCGACGUUGGGCACCACGUCUCGGUUCGGAAAGUAUUCUGGUGUCUCGUCCGAUGAUCAGAGUGAAAUCACCCCUUCGGAUUUUGUCUCUACCCUAUCGUCGUCGGUAAAGGAUGUCCUACUCCAGUCGAUUGUCUACAAUUCAACCGCAUUUGAAGGCGAGACAGAUGGAGUCAAGACGUACAUUGGAUCCAAGACAGAGACUGCUCUCUUGACUUUCGCUAGGGACUACCUUGGAAUGGGGGUCCUUGGCGAAGCGAGAGCAAAUGGAAAGCUCGCCCAGAUGUUCCCAUUCGACUCUGGUCGCAAAUGCAUGGCAGUCGUGAUCCAGAUGGAGAAUGGAAAAUACCGAAUGCUAGUUAAGGGUGCUGCGGAGAUUCUAGCCUCGAAGUCGACCCGCAUUGUCCGAGACCCCACUGACUCUCUGUCGGAGGCUCCUGUUACCGAUGAGGACAGGACUUCACUGGACAACAUUAUGAACAACUACGCUACCCGCUCUCUCAGGUGUAUUGCCCUUGUUUACCGUGACUUCGAUCAAUGGCCGCCUCGUGGGGCCCCUACUGCGGAAACCGAUCGCAAUCAGGCAGUCUUCGAACCUAUCUUCAAGGAUAUGGCAAUGUUGGGAAUCUUCGGUAUUCAGGACCCUGUCCGAGCAGGUGUUGCCGAUGCAGUGUACACAUGUCAACGGGCUGGAGUGUUUGUCAGAAUGGUGACUGGUGAUAACAUCGUAACCGCCAAGGCUAUUGCCCAGGAGUGUGGUAUCUACACACCUGGCGGUAUCGCCAUUGAAGGACCCAAAUUCCGCAAGCUGAGCACACGCCAAAUGAACCAAAUCAUCCCAAGACUCCAGGUCAUCGCCCGCUCUAGCCCCGACGAUAAGAAGAUCCUGGUCAACCAACUCAAAAAGCUUGGAGAGACUGUUGCUGUCACUGGAGAUGGUACCAACGACGCCCAGGCCCUCAAGAAUGCCGAUGUUGGUUUUGCAAUGGGUAUUACUGGUACCGAAGUUGCUAAAGAGGCCUCUGAUAUCAUUCUCAUGGAUGACAACUUCUCAUCCAUCGUCAAGGCUAUGGCAUGGGGUCGCACCGUCUGUGACGCGGUAAAGAAGUUCCUUCAGUUCCAAAUCACUGUCAACAUCACCGCCGUCAUUCUCACCUUCGUCUCUGCAGUCGCUAGUAAUAGUGAGGACUCAGUGCUCAGCGCAGUACAGUUGCUGUGGGUCAACUUGAUCAUGGACACCUUUGCCGCUCUCGCUUUGGCGACAGACCCUCCUACGCCAACAGUGCUUGACCGCAGACCCGAAUCGAAAUCCGACCCGCUCAUCACUCUGACAAUGUGGAAGAUGAUCAUUGGACAGUCCAUCUAUCAGCUGGUUGUAACCUUCGUUCUGAAUUUCGCCGGAUCUAAGAUUUUCUCUUGGGAUCACGACCAUCUGCAGACUGUGGUUUUCAACACUUUCGUCUUUAUGCAAAUUUUCAACCAGUACAACUCCCGUCGUAUUGACAACAGGCUCAACAUUCUGGAAGGUAUUUGGAAGAACCGUUGGUUCAUUGGUAUUCAGGUCAUCAUUAUUGGAGGUCAAAUUUUGAUCAUCUUUGUUGGUGGCGCUGCUUUCUCCGUCAAGCGUCUUAAUGAAGGCUCGCAGUGGGCCGUUAGUCUUGUACUCGGGGCAAUCUCCUUACCUAUCGCCGUGAUCAUUCGUCUUAUUCCGGAUGAAUUCGCCGCAAGGCUCGUUCCCCAAUUCUGGCAUCGCAACAAGGGUCCCGAGUUGGUCAUCUCAGACGAGGACCGCAAUUACGAAUGGAACCCCGCUUUGGAAGAAAUUCGCGAUCACCUCGCCUUCAUCAAGCGUGUCCGCGGUGGCCGUCUGCGACACAUCCGCCACAAGCUGCAAAACCCUCAGGAAUUCCUUCCUCGGUCUCGCAGUGGCUCCCGCUCGCGUGAUUCCUCCGCUCCACCUACACCGAAUGGCGACAACGACAACGACAACGGCAGCCCGACCCCACAUCCGACCACCCCCGAGUCUCGUUCCAGACGCAACACACGGUCGCGAUCGAACUCGACGUUUGGACCAGCCGCUGCUAUGGCAGGCAUCGUUGCCGGUAGUAUUGCCGGAUGGUCUCCUAUCGAGCGAGGCAACAACGACCCCGACUCCAUCACCUUCCCAACAAACGGCGGCCCUCACAGCGGUCUUGAUCGCGAGCCAGGCAUUGAAGUGCACCCGGAUACCGCUGCUGAUGACCGUAUCUUGAACGAGUACUCCGCUACUUCCAAGACACCCCCUAGCCAGAACCCGGAUCUGAUUCCGUUCUUCGAGCAUGCUCCGCCAGUGGACCGCGCGCCCUCUAGCCGUGGUCGCCGCUCUUUGUCGCAGCGAUCGAGAUCGAGGUCGAGUCUCAGUCAAUCCCACGUCUGA